UCUGAAGAUUCUAAGGGAAGCUGCUUGGUCAACUCUUAGUCAAAACUUUAGACAGCCUUAUUUAACUGCAGUUUACGCCGUGAACAAACAACCUCUUAUCUAAUACAAUUCGUACAUGUUACGCUACCACCAGAUGAGUGUAAAAUAACUGUAUAACUCCUUAUGGCAUCAUUUUGGACUAGAAAGCAGUAAUUAGCAGCGCCCUGUUGAUCAGAUCAGACAGAAGCGCAGUGUAAGCGGUUGGGAUCAGGACUAUAAGAUGACCGAGUACAAGUUGGUUGUUGUGGGAGCAGGUGGUGUAGGGAAAAGCGCUUUGACCAUUCAGCUCAUUCAGAAUCACUUUGUUGAUGAAUAUGACCCCACAAUUGAGGACUCUUACAGGAAGCUGGUGGUCAUUGAUGGUGAGACGUGUCUGCUGGACAUCCUGGACACUGCCGGUCAGGAGGAGUACAGUGCAAUGAGGGACCAGUACAUGAGGACUGGAGAGGGCUUCAUCUGCGUCUUUGCCAUAAACAACAGCAAAUCCUUUGCCGAUGUGCAUUUGUACAGAGAGCAGAUCAAGCGAGUGAAGGAUUCUGAUGACGUCCCCAUGGUCCUAGUUGGGAACAAGUGUGAUUUAGCUAGAACGGUGGACACCAAGCAAGCCCAGGAACUUGCCAGAGGCUAUGGGAUAGAGUUUGUAGAAACGUCUGCCAAGACCAGACAGGGAGUUGAGGAUGCUUUUUACACUCUUGUACGUGAGAUUCGGCAUUACCGCAUGAAAAAGCUGAACAGCAGAGAGGACAGGAAACAGGGCUGCCUUGGUGUGUCUUGUGAAGUCAUGUGACUGCAGUGCCACACUCUUUUGUUUUCUUAUUUAGCAGUUUGUUGACCAGGCAGCUGGAAGUCUGACCAGCACUCAAGGAAGAUGAUUUUUAAGUGGUAAAUCUCAGGUUCAGUUCUAACUUUUAAACCCUGAGAUUGCUCUAUGUAAUGAGUGACUGCAGAGUGGUCCCCCUGCUGGCUAAAAGGGAUUAAUGCACAAUUGGUCAGCCAUCUGUUUACCUGUGGCAGGCUGUGAUAGAAAAGUGAGGUCAUUUAAGAUUUAGAUUUUACAAUUUUCACCAAGGUUUGUUUAUCUCAUUUGGGGGGGGGAGAUUGUUAAAUGGGCAUUUGGAUAAGGCAUGAAAUUCUUUGUUCUUGACUUCUGAGCCCUUUUGAAGACAACAGUAGUACAAAAUUGAGCUUGACUUAGCAUGCUGUACCUACUAUACAGACAGCCUACUCAUGGUAUUAGUAACAUUUUAGGAUGUUUCAAUUCUUUUUUUUUUCCCAGAAGUGAUUUCUAAGCCCAUUGCAAAUUCACCUUAUGUAAAAAUGUUUGCAUGUUUAGACACCUAUUUCACAAAGAUCAUUAUUUUUGUUCUCAUGAAACCUCAUAAAAACAUGUCCAGAUGACAUUUCACACCAAAAUGAAAGAAAACAAAUAAGAAAUUAUAUUUAGAAAUUCAACUUUUUUUGCAUUGUGAUUUGAUUGCCAUGAUUUUCAUGUCUCCUGAUGCAGAAUUAUUUCUUUAUAAAUAAAAUCAUUAUUAUUAUUAUUAUAUGUUUUUGUAAUUAAAAAAAAUUCUCAAUGGUUCUCAUUGCUGUAAUGGUGUUGUGUGUGUGUGUGUAUAAUGUAAAACUCUCAAUAGUUAUUUCUAUUGAUUUUGGGGUGAAAUAUGACUUUUAACAAAUUAUUUUUGAAUGUUUUAUGAGAUAAGAAUAUUUUCACUAUAGGAGCUGUAUCUUUCAGCGAAGAUAAGGAACUUAAAGGUGCACUCAGUAACACUUUCCCCAUUAAAAAUGUUUUACCGCUAAAGAAAGUGUAUAAAGUCCCUCAUGGUGGCUGCCAUUUUAGAAUCACAUGAUCAGCUGAAUGAAUCCUGCUUAAUCUUGUUUUGGACAUUUUCACUCUUGGAUUAAAUUAAUCAUGGCUGAUUGUGAAUAGUGACGUUCUACAAUGGCAACUGAAAACUAUUGAUUUUGAAUAAUGUUGCAUCCACACCACUAGGUGUCACUGUAAAUCCGAGAUGACACAAAAUGUUACCUUUAAAUUGGCAUUAACGUACUAGAUUAUCGCCUAAAUCUACAUCUAGAAAUGGAAGCUGUUAUCUUAAAUUCUGUUUUAAGGGUUUAGAUAUCUAUGGGCUGGUGUUGUAAAGGGCUCAGAAUCAAGAAAGUGAUAAACCCCAUAAUCGUAAUCUGCAGGUUCAAUGCUCAGGAAUACUGUGAAAGCACAAAUACUGAAGAACUGUGUGGGGUUAUAUCUGUUUAUUUCUUUAUCCUUCCCCAUUCCAACUUUAUUCCUUCUGUUUGUUUAAAGAGUUUUAGCAUUUUACUUUUGCCAUAAUUUUCUCUCUUUUUUUUAAUUUGGUCUCAAACGUCGAUUGUAUAUUUUGACAAAUUAUAAUUUUGUUUAGAAAGAGAAAAGUCGGUCAAAUUUUAAGCAUGGGGUGUGAUGGAUUUUACGUAAAGGGCCUAUUUGCUAAAUCUGUGUGCCUCUUGUACAGCAUGACAUACUUUAGCCCUUGAAAUAAUGUCUUAAAUCAUCAAAUGAAAGCUGUAAAAUAAGUUUUAUUUUGUUGGGAAUGUUUAACAGAUGAUUAUAGAGUUUGGUCUGAGAUUUAUAUUCUUGCAAUGGCAUUGCCUGCUAAUGAAGAACUUCAAAGACAUUUGCUCUUCUUGAGAGCCAAUGAAGUUUUAUCCAUAAAUUGAAAUAAUUAUUCAUGUUCUUGACCGUCAUGUUAUUUAUAUGGCAUUUGUCUAAAACGGCCUGAUUUUACCAAGAAUGGAAUCUGCAAUGUGUUCUUAUUAUUAGUACUAGAUUUGCGUUUGGCCUUCUGUCCUAGCACUAACAAGGUCAGGAAGUUUUCUAGCAAACAAACUAAAUUUGCCAAAUCAUUUUUUGGAUUUAGGUGUUAUUUUAGGUUUUUUGCAGGUUUAGCACAAUUUAUUGGUAUCACUGAGUCUACCUAAUCCGAUAUACUGCUAUAUAAUUCAUGUUAAACUGGUUAUUUUUGUGGAGGAUAUUCCUAUGUAACAUGUUUAAUGUGCCUAUCAUAUUACAAAAUGUUUUAUCAGUAAAUCAGUUGGAAACUGGACAAAUUGUAUGUGUCUGUUGUGUAUUUGGGAUAUACUGUACAUGUGUCCAUGCAUGCAUGUGUGAGUGUGCUUACAUAAUAUCCCUCACUCUGCUUUCCCAUCUGUGUGCUUGCCAUUUGAACCUGUCUGUCUGUAAAAAACA